CAAUAAAACCCAUUGUCCACGUUUUCCUUUUUUGACUUUAAUCACAAGUCUAUAUAAAGAUGUGUUUUAUUUCAAGUGUUCCACAUUAACAUCAAACCAUUUCAUACAUUAUUAAACAUUCACAUGAUGAAGAGACAGAGAGAAAAUGAAGUAAAUAAAGAGAGCAUGGAUUUAGCAACAAGUCUAAUGCUACUGUCUUCUUAUCGUACCCAUCAACACCAAAAGAACAAAACAUAUUUACAAGAUCAGUUUGAGUGCAAAACAUGCAACCGCAAAUUCUCAUCUUUUCAAGCACUCGGUGGUCAUAGGGCAAGUCACAAGAAACUCAAACUUGUAGGAGAUGAAACACACAAGGGGUAUGAUCAUACAAAUAAGCAACCGAAAAUGCAUAAGUGUUCAAUUUGUGGACAAGAAUUCAAAUUGGGUCAAGCUUUGGGUGGACAUAUGAGAAGGCAUAGAAUUAAUAAUGAACAAUUUUCUUCCUCUUCUUUGAAUCAUCAAGUGAUAACAAAAUCUUCUCCUGGUUUGAAAAGAUCGAAUAGUAUAAGGGUUAUGUUUUUGGAACUUGACUUGAAUUUGACACCUUUAGAAAAUGAUUUGAAGAUGUUGUUUGGAAAUAAAGCACCACAAGUAAAUGUCUCUUUGUUUUGAUUUUAGUAUCUCACCAAAUUUUUGGACAUAUUUUCACUACAUUUGUAUUCUAUCUAUUUUUGUAUGUAAAAACAUUUAUGGAUUAAUUUAUUGAGUA